AUGACUUCAAGGCGAAACAGAGAAAGGCGUCUAAAUGAUGAUGACAUCGCUGAGUAUCUUGAUGAAGACGGAGACAGUUCUUUUGAUGAGUCUAUUGGAAGUGAUGAUGUAUACAUUCCUCCUCAAGGUUGUCAUAGAGGCUCUAGAUCUGAAGAAUUAUUGGCUAGUAGUAGUGAGGAAGAAUAUGACGAAGAGUGGCUUGAAGAAAUAGAUGUCUUACAAGCAGAAGAUACUGCAGUUAGAGAAACUGUAAAUAUAGACCAUGUUAGCGCAGAAAAUAGGGAAGACAUCAUUCGCGCUGCCGUUGAAGUCAACGCAGAUAUAGAUAACGAAAGCUCGGAAAUUCAAAACGACAAUUCAGAAAGACCUGUCAAUGCAAAUUUUACCUGGGGACCAGUACUCGAAAAUUUUACAUCAAGAAAGACUGUAAGUAUUCCAAGAGUCUGCCGCACGUCAGAAUGUUUUACAGAAAAUUCAAAGCCAAUAGACAUCUUUUUGAAAUUUUUUCCAAAGAGUCUACUAGAUUAUAUCGCACAAUGCACUAAUUUAAGAAUUGAAAAAGCGAGAAAUGAGGUAGCAGACAGAGAUAGCAGAGCUCGAAAACGAAGCUAUAUGACAACUACUGACAGAGGAGAAAUAGCGAUAGUUCUGGGCUGCACUCUUAUAAUGGGAUAUAACCAACUUUCAUCCUUCUCUGACUACUGGUCCACAAAACCAUCAUUAGGAAAUACUGUUGUAAAAGCUGUCAUAAGUCGUGACAGAUGCAAGUUUCUUUUAGGAAAAUUGUAUUUCGCUAACCCCGAAAAACCCACUGAUGCUUCUAAAACGUACUCGUACUAUGUUGAGGAUGUUCUGAAUUGUUUAAAAAAAACUUUUAAAAAAUAUAGAGAGGACAGCUACAUACAAAGCAUUGACGAAUCAAUGACUAAAUUCAAAGGGCGUUCCAGUCUUAAACAAUAUAUGCCGAUGAAACCUGUGAAACGUGGCAUUAAAAUGUGGGUACGCGCUGAUGCCAGGAGUGGGUAUGCCUAUGACAUGGAUAUUUAUGUAGGAAAAGAUUCCAAUCCAAGACAAAAUAACUUGACACUCGGAGAGAAUGUAGUUCUAACUCUGACAUCUACCAUAAUAAAUCCAGACACUACAAUCUGCUUUGACAGAUUUUUUACGUCUGUAACACUAAUGGACACCUUACAGUUUCCUUGCGUAGGAACAUGCAACAUGUCACGAAAAAACAUGCCAAAAAUAUUGACAGGAAAAAAACUAAAGCAAGGCGAAAUGGCUUUUGCAGAAAACGGGCGUAGUACUAUCGCCGUUAGAUGGCAAGAUACUAAAGAUGUCCUCCUAAUGAGUAACUGUCAUGGAACUGAUAGAACUGAAGUAUCAAGAAAAUUAAAAACUGGUUUCGUUAUCACAGUACCAGAAAUCGUUGCUUUUUAUAGACGAGCUAUGUUGGGAGUCGAUAGAAAUGAUAGAAUGGUUGGUGAACAUGAAUUUGAGAGAAAAUCUAAAAAGUGGUGGAGAAAGGUAUUCUAUCGAUUAUUGAAAAUGGCGAUAGUCAACUCUUGGGGCAAUAUAUAG